UUGACCGUUUCGGGUAUAACUGAAAUUAGAUGCGAAAUUUGGCAGAGAGAGGGUGAAAAGGCCUAAAAUAUUUCGUCAAUACUAACUAAUUGAAGGGCUCAAUUACCCGCUUUUUAGCUUCGAUCCGUUAAUUAAUCAAAUUUCUUUUCUUCCCAAUCGGUUUGGGUGUUUGCAACUUAAAGUUUCCAAUACAGAUAUAUCUGAGUGAGAUGCAGGACUCAACUACGAGGGCGUUUGAAAGCUCUUCUUCUUCCUCGGGGGACGGGAACAAUGAUGCUGGUGAUUUUGAAUGCAACAUCUGUUUUGAAUUAGCCCAAGAUCCCAUUGUGACUCUCUGUGGUCACCUCUACUGUUGGCCAUGCCUUUAUAGAUGGUUACGUCUUCACUCACAGUGCCAUGAAUGCCCUGUUUGUAAAGCCCUUAUUCAAGAGGAGAAAUUAGUUCCUCUUUAUGGCAGAGGAAGGACUUCUACUGAUCCCAGAUCAAAACCAAUCCCCGGUCUUGAAAUUCCUAAUAGACCUGCAGGACAACGACCUGAAACUGCUCCUCAACCUGAACCAAAUAAUUUUCAUAAUCAUGGAGGAUUUGGUCAUAUGGGAGGAUUGGGAGGAUUUUUUCCCGCAGCAACUGCAAGAUUCAGUAACUUUACAAUGUCAGCUGGUUUUGGUGGAUUGCUCCCUUCAUUACUCAGCUUCCAGUUUCAUGGAUUUCCUGGUCCGACAGCGUAUCCUACUACAUCAAAUUACCCUUUUGGAUAUACUCCUGCAUAUCAUGGGCCCCAUGUUCGUAAUGCUCAAGACACAGCCCAAGUACAAGCAGAUAGCAAUCUCAAGUUUAUGUUCUUACUUGUUGGUUUUCUUGUGCUCAUUUAUUUGUUGGGCUAAAGAAUGGAUUCAGUCUUGGCCUGAUGCUAAUGUGGCUGUCAGAUUUUGUGCAUGUGUAUAUGUCAAUUCUGCACUCACUUUGAAGUUUCUUCUAACUUUGGUGAUCUGUAGAUGCUGGCACAUUGUUAAUUAAAUGUAACCAGUUUAUCUUUCUGUGAAAUAUGUACAUUUUGAAUACUUAAUUUGGUUCUAGCUUGUUUCUGCAUCCCCUUUGGGUGAGAAAACCAAAUAACACAUGCUCUUGAUGGCU